GCUCGCCCUUCCAUGUUUAAUCGCUAUCGAUACUCAGUGUGUUUUUUUUUUCUGCGCCCGUUUCCACAAGGUCCAUUGCAGGCUACACUUCCUGAGGCCUGAGAUCUGCGAUGUUGUAAGAAAUUUGCCACGGUUGGCGAGACAGCAGCCUCAUAGUUUUGGACGCACCAGACGCUCGCAUGUUGUCUCAUCCAAGCGAGGAUCGGGGUGGAGCUCGCAACGGGGAGGCCAUGGAGAACACCAGCCGAGACGACGAGUCAUGCGAGGGCGAGCAACCCCCGAGUCCGCCGACCAACGGGGAAGUGGCCAAAGAGGAAGUCGGUGACGACGCCGAGCACGUUAACAGUGCAUUAAAUCAAACGAGCAAAGAGAAAAGUGGCCAAGACGCAGAAGGGGACAACGACUUAAAAGGCCUUUCCAUGUCAAAGCUUCAGGAUAUCAAGAAGGCAAUGGAAAUGCUUAACCUGAAUGUUCUACAUGAUGGUCCCGCAAAGACUCCCGAGGAAGCCCUGCAUAAGCACUACCAGUUCUGGAGCACCCAGCCUGUGCCCAGGAUAGAUGAAAAGUUAAGUGCCAAUAAUGUCAAUGAGCCAAUUGAGGCCAGCAAACCAGUUGAAGAGAUACGGAACAGCCAUACUCCUUGCCAGCUGACUUCACCUGGGACACUCUGGACAUCAACAACCCAGACAUACUCAAAGAACUGUACCAGCUACUCAAUGAGAACUAUGUAGAAGAUGAUGACAACAUGUUCCGCUUUGACUAUGCCCCUGAAUUUCUCAAAUGGGCCCUACAGCCUCCUGGCUGGACUGCUGACUGGCAUUGUGGUGUACGGGUUGUCAAGAGCAACAAGCUUGUGGGUUUUAUCAGUGCUGUACCAGCCACAAUACGCAUCUACAACCAGUGAGUGGUAGCUGCACACAGCUAU